AGGCCAAUCAUGGGAUGUCAACCUGUGUGACGCUGUCAUGUCGCCAAGAUGGCGAUCAAAACGAAAACAUUCACUCUGUGCGGUCUUAUGUGCACGAUCGCAUGUCUGGUGUCAGUCAUUGUUUCCUUCGCAUCAGACAGAUGGGUCGUCUCCACGGAAAAAGAGGUGUCUGGUUUUCAGAACCUUGGCCUGUGGUCAGCCUGCUUUUCGCGCUACAGGCCCCCCGCUUGGGCUCUUGUGGAUAAAUUUUAUGAUGGAUGUUGGUGGCUGCUCGAUAGAGAAAUGGACGACUUGAGAGUUUUCCUUACACCAGGAUGGUUUGUAGGCACUCAGAUUCUGGUGGCUAUAGCACUCACUCUGCAGCUGUUGACAGUUAUCCUCCUGAUAGUCAAUGCUAUCAACUGUUUCCCAUACCAUCGUCUCAAGGAGAUGAUAACACGAGGCAUAUCACUAUCAGCAGCCAUUAUGCAUGGGCUCACAGCUAUUCUUCUCUCUGUGGCAGUCAUCAUGUUUGGGUCAAGAGCAGAUAACUCUAGAACGUGGCUGGAAAAACCUGAUCAGAAUUACUUGUCCUGGUCCUUUGGGAUUUGUGUGUUGGCAGAUUUUCUUGCAAUCAUUGCAAUGAUGUUUCAGUUCCUUGAAUUUUUCCGCCUUCGACAAAUGCAUGGCAAAGGAGGUGAAGGUCCUGUAGUCCUUUUGACUAACCAGCCUCCUCCACCCAGCAACUAUGCCUACAGCCGCAACCCUCAAGUACAAAGCAGCAACCCUAGUUUUAAACAGCCUGCUUAUGCAGACAGAUAUUCCACUAAGGGGUCUCAGUCCUCACUCAAUGCUAGACCACCAACAACUCCCUUCGCUGUCAGUGGUGCUGGAGAAGUCUACAUUAAUGGUCUUGCUGACUUUGAUGAAAACCGACCCCAGCGGGUCACUUCCAGACCCCCACCUUACCAAGAAAAAAGACCUGCAGAUACUCUAGAUUCACGGCGUGUGAAUUACAACAAUUCUUUUAAAUCAGCAGUCAAAACAGAGCAAAAUGAUUAUGAAGAUUCAAAGAAAGUCAAUCAUCCUGUUUUACCAGAGUAUAAGCCAAAAGCUAAAGAUGACGUCAAAAAGAAACCACCUAGUACUACAUCAGAAAGCUCUGAUGAAGAUAGUGAUGCUCGCUCUGUUGAGAAACUGAAAAAUGAAAAGUCUCAAACCAAAACAUCAUCAAAAACUAAAACGAGAUCUAGCUCCGAAAAGCAAAGAAAGGGCAAAAACUCUGAUGAUAAUAAAAAAUCUGAAUCUCGCAGUUCCAAGCGACGCUCAGAUUCGAAGAAACGAAACAAUAAAGAUGAGGAUUCUGAUGACAGCAGAAGUCGGAGUAAAAGACGGUCUAGUUCCAAAAAGGGAAGCUCGUCUGGUUCUAAAAGACGAACUUCUCAUUCCAGGGAUCGAAGUCAUUCCAGAGGUCGCAGCCACUCUCGAGAUCGCAGUCAUUCCAGAGACCGUAGCAGGUCAAAGGAUUUAAAUUCCUCCGACUCUGACACUGGUUCAGUUCAUAGCAGGUCCAGAAAGAGACGUGAAAAAAACAGCACGCUAUCUCGAAAAGAUACUAACAGGCGAUCAGCAUCCGAAGACAAAUCGCAUAGCAAACAUAAAAGUUCACAUAGGACCAAAUCAAGUGGGAACCGCAGUGACGACAAUAUCUCAGGCUCAGAAUACAGCAGUAAACCUAAAACUAGAUCAAGUGACUCUGUGAAGAAAUCAAGGUCACGUGACUAUUCAGACAAUGAGAGCAUCAAAAGUAAACAAAGCAAAAAGGGAGGGAAUAAACCCAAAGGCACUUACUCAAGUUAUUAUGAAUAUUAAUGUUGUUUUUUUCAUAAUGUUGUAAUAUAGUUUAAAUUUAGAAUACUUAAUUAUUUUUUACGUUUAAAAGCUGUAUUUGCUAUAUGUAUAUAUAAAUACGUUACAUAUCUGUAAAAUAUUAUUGACAAGAGGAUUUACUUAGAGUGCCUUUAGGAUGGAAGGCAUAAAUAUUAAUUUAUUAAGACAACUCCUAAAUGAAAUUUUCUUAGGUCAAGGCCCAGAUCAUACCAACAUAUUAGAAUUUGUUAGAAAUUAAAUGUUUGCAAAGGUUUAUCAUAUUUUUGAUAAGGAAUGUUGUUUUUCUUUUUAAGGAAUUUUUUAAUGUAUAUUUUUUUAAAUAAGGAAUGUUUAUAUGUUUAUGUUUUUUAAAUUUAUGAUAAAAAAUUUGGUUGUUAAAAAGUAAUUUGUUGCCUUCCUCUUGAUAUUACUCACAAUCCCUUGAUGCCAGUAUGACAAGACAAUGACAUGUUGGAAAGAAUUUAUUCUCAAGAAAUUCACAUGUUGUAAAGCUAAUUUUCUUGUCUUGUUCUGAAAUAAAUUGUAUUCAAUAUUUCAUCUAGCUGUACAGAACAGAUAAUGUCAUAAUGUGUAACUGUUUGUGUUAUGACUUUGAGUUUCAUACAUCGAUGAGAGUUUUUUUUUUUGUUGAAGUAUUUAUUAGCAACAUCUUAGUUCAUUUUUUGUAUAUAUACAAUGUCUAUAAACUUAACUCUUUCUCUCUGUAAUUAUUCUCCACGUUCUGACGGAAUUAUUCAUUUUGUUCAUAUAUAUUUCACUACCCUGUUAUGAUUUAACUUUAAUAACUUUUUUGUUUGUUAUCAGAAAAUGUUUUAUUUGGUAUACAAUUAAAGGAGAAUGCACACCCUUUUAGAUAAUUUAAAUUGAUGUUUAUAAAAGUUUAUUUGGCGAAUGGAACUUAGACAUGACUGUGGAUAAUUCUCCCUUAAAACUAUAUCUAGGCAAUGUUUCAUUAUCCAAAUUGAUUAAAAAAUCAUUUUUAUGAUAGUUAUUUAAAUUUUUACAAAACUUUAUAAAUAAUAUAUAUAAAACAUUUAUGUUAAUUGUCAUAAAAGUCCCUAUCCCAUGUCACACCCCUAUAAAAAAAAAAUUAAUAUAGAAAUAUAGAGCCUUUUUUGGCCCCCACUCUUUAAAAACAUCAGGUUGUUUUUUUUUGUAAAAACACAAUGAAAAUUGAUCAUUGAUUAGAUCAUGAUGAUAUUGAUUAGGAGAGAAAGAGUAAAGUGAAACUAUUUAGAAAUUUCAAAUUAGAAAUACAAUUUCUUUUUUCUUUAAAUUCAGCGAUACAAUUCUUGUUACUAACUAACAAGUUAUUCUCUUUACUUCUAAGAAGUAUUGCUAUAAACACCUCAGGAGUUUCUUUUAGUAAUAGUUUAUUUGAUAUGAAAUAAAGUCUGCACAAACCUUUCUAGAAUUAUCUUGAUUUGGUCGUGUCUGAUGUGGUGAGUAAAAUUUGAGACAUUGAACUUUUUUAGUCUUCAUUCUGAGUCGUCUGAAAAUUGUACAACUUGGUCUCCUUAUCACUUUAGCCUUGGCUCUCUUUGGAUGCAUGGUGGCUUGAGGGUUAAAGCCCUUGACUUCCAUACCAAAAUGUCUCCAGGUGAAGACUGGGAUGUUGAACUUAGUAUUUCGUUACCAACUCUAAUGGGUAACUGACAGAAUUUGUUGAAGUAAAGGCUCUUGAGCAUUGUGCUGGCCUCAUGAAAUCCUAUUUAAAUCUCAGCCAUAGAAACAUAAGCAUCUUCUAUUCCCAUAGAUUGAAAGAGAAAACUUUUCUUUUUUGUUAUUUUAGGAUUUUCUUAACAAUGGACAAUGCUCAUCACAUCAUUUGAUAACAGAAUAGUUUUCCUUAUGAAGUGUCAAUUGACUAGACUAAGAAGUAGAUGUAUAUUACUGUCUAUAAAUUAAACUAUUAAUACUAUUAGUGGUGCUAUUGUGUUAUCAUUAGGUUAGAAAAUCUAAAUCGACCACCUGCGGACAAUGGUCAUGCUUGCCCUGGAUGUGGUAAAAGAUGUAGGCCACAGCUGGGGCUGUGCAGCCACGGGAAAUACUGCAUUCCUCACUAACCUUUGGACUCGAAGACAAGCCUUAUUAUUAUUUGGUUAGACUAUGUAGAAUAUUGGUAUGUCUCAACCAGUGUUUCCCUGUGUUCAGUGGAAUACUAAGACCUGAAUAGCGGUUCCAUGAACUACUGAAAUAAUUAGGUAGUAGGCCACAAGGCAAAUUAAUUUCUCUUUACAAAAUAAGCAACGUGUUCUGCUAAAUACUCAAAUGUAUGAAGUGUUCCAUCAAGUAAAAAAAUGGUCUAGACUGUUUACAAUCACUGCAAACUUAAUAAGUGAGAUUUUUUUAAAUUUAAUUUUUUUACAUUGCUUAGUUAUCCAAAGUUUCUAAGUAUAAAUUUUUUCUUUGUGUAUUCUUCUUUCAACCAAUAGUUUAAAGUGAGUUAAGUUCUCACUAUCACCAUAGCUGAAAUGAUUUUUUCUAACAACAUGUCAGGAUUAUAAACUGCUAGUCCUUUGACAGCAAAGGUUGAAAUGGCACUGGAGUCAGUUCAGGAAAUCUUUUUUAUUAUGGUCUUUUUUUGUACAUCUACACUAGCAGAUAAUAACCUUGUUUAUAAUUAUGAUUACUUAUAGUUUUUCUGUUAUUUCCUCCUCAAAAUCUGCUUUGUUGGUAUUGUCAGACAGUGUCUCUAUUAUAAUUAUUAUUGGGUUGUUGUUUUUUUUAUAGCUAUGGAACAAAUAUAAUGAAAUGUGUUUACGAAAGUUUGUAUGACAUAUUAACAGUGUAUUGUUUGAUUGGUAUUUAUGAUUAGAGAGUGAAAUUGUUGUCAAAAAGUUGGUUUUAUUUUUAUUUUUUUAUAAAUGUGUAAAUAUGUUUCUAUUUUUAAAACACAUUUCAACGGUGUAUCUAAAUAAAAAACUAUGCCUCAUCUACAUGUUUUUCAUUUUGUAAGUAAUUUAAAUUUUUUUUUUUUUGCAAGACAGCAAUAAGGUAUGCUUAAACAUAAACUUUUGUCAAAGUCAUUCCAUUCAACACAUUCCCAGACAGCCCAUAUUUGACAUGCCUAAGACACAUUCAAAUCAUUUCAAAAGAUUGUUCAAUGACCUCCUGUACUAUAGUUCAUCCCAUUCAACAGAUUGUUUAAUGUAAAUAAUCAUUUAUUAUCAUCUACACUUUGAAAUAUAUAUUUUGUAAGAUAAAUAAAAGUUUUUCUUUAAGAAUAUAUUUAUAAGCAAUGUCAUAUACAUAAUUCUUUGAAGUUUGAAACUUGAAAUUUUGUAUAUUUUUUCUUACUUAUUUAUCAUUAGUGUCCCAGUCUCAUGGAGUGAUGCAUUGCUUUUAUUUUUAUGUGACCGAUUCUGUACUGGUGCACAGGUGUCUAAAUGCUGGAUAGUAAGUUACCUAUUUCUCGAAGGAAAAGCUUUCACAAACUUGUUUGAACUCUUAAUGAAAGUGUUCAGCCUGGGUCUGAUGGAAUGAUCUGAUAAAUGUACAGUUUGAUGGAUUGUUUAUUUCUACAGAAUUUAAUGCACUUGUGGGUGGCAGAAGUGAGUGUAAGGUGACUUAUGGCCAUACAUUUUCUUGUAUUGCUGAUUGUGUAUGUAUCUAUCAGAUAAUGUAGCUUAGGUUUGAUAAUGGAAAUGAUGUUAAAUGGUAUUACUAAUAUUUGUGAACAGUUUUACAUGAUUGGGGAUAGAUUAUAAUUUUGUUAAGUUAAAAUUAAUACAAAUAAAUCCAGCAUAUUUUAAGAAUUUUAAUUAGAAAAAUUGUUUCUGCAUCAAGAAAUACUUCUGUCAGACAAGAAAUUGAGCCAGAAAUCUAAAAAUUAAGUAAAUAUAUUUUGACAUACAUUACCAUUGUGAUUUUCUUUUUAGUUUCAAUGUAACACUUUCUUAUUUACAAAUUGCUGACAUUUAGGUCUGUAGUUUUGAAAUCUCUAGGUGUAUAUGUCUCAUUUUGAAGGCUGACAGUAAAAGUUGGUACCCAUAAUUCAUUGGUACCCUAAGUUUGAUAUAUAUUACUAGGGUCUGGAGACAAGGUAAGGAAUCAACUUUCACUUUCCUAUGUUAUAUAAAAUCACUCUUUCAUUAUCAUGUGCUCAAUUUUUUAUUGUAUAUUUUCAUAUUGUGAAAAUUAUGAAUUUUGUGAAUAAUUGAUUUUUUUUUUACUACUGAAAUAAAUUUUGAACUAUUUCA